UUACUAGGGUUUUGACUGGUAGAUUCUCAACAUUGUUUUAAACAGAUAACACAAUGAGGCUAAGUCGGGUGUUCAGAGUACUGCAGCAGCACUGUAUACCUUACAGAAUGUGUAUGGUGUCAGUUUGCGGUACUUUUGAAGCUGGCUGGAUACAUAAACAUGGGACAUUGAUGGCCACAAAACACAUGAUCUCCUGCCAACACCUAACAUUGCGGGGAAUUCAGUCAUCAUGUGUACAUAAUACAAAGAGAAGAGGACCAAAUGUGAAAAGAGCUCCAGUUGUAUAUGGAAGUAAAAAGUUUGUGCCAGAUUCAAUAUUUGUAAAGGUGCCAAUGGGAGUUUCAGUUGAAAAAUUUGCAUCACUGCUGAACAUAGAUGAAGGUACAAUACAACAAUACUAUAAGAAAGCUGUUGGUGGUCAUGAUUACGAAAAAUUCAAAUCAAAAUUUGAAAACGAACCAUCAGCUGGAGUAAUGAAAUCAAUUGGUAAAUUUGUCGGAGUGAAAGUGAAUGUAGUAGAGAAAGCGCCAGCUAAGCAGAUUACAUACAUUGAAGAGGAGCAGACCGAAAACAAAGAUAUAUUACCAUCUCCACCCCCAGAUCCUAGUGUAUUAGUUGCACGAUCUCCUGUUGUCACCAUCAUGGGCCACGUAGACCAUGGUAAAACGUCGCUGCUAGAUUCUCUCAGGAAAUCCAAUGUGGUGGAAAAUGAAUUUGGUGGCAUAACUCAGCAUAUUGGAGCAUUUUCUGUCAACCUGCCAUCAGGAGAAUCUAUAACAUUCCUGGACACUCCUGGACAUGCUGCUUUUGCAGCCAUGCGUGAACGAGGAGCAAAUGUCACAGACAUUGUCGUACUGGUGGUAGCAGCAGAUGAUGGUGUGAUGGAACAGACCAAGCAGUCCAUUAUAUUUGCCAAAAAUGCUGGAGUUCCAAUUAUUGUAGCCAUUAACAAGAUAGAUAAACCUGAAGCUGACAUUGAAAAUACCAAACAAAUGCUGUUACAACAUGGAAUCACUGUUGAAGACUACGGAGGAGAUACACAAGCAGUUCCAGUGUCUGCUCUUAAGGGUACAAACCUUGAAAAACUUCAGCAGGCAAUACUCACAGAAGCAGAAAUCAUGGAUCUUAAAGCUAGCCCAGCAGGGAAGGUCAGAGGUCGUGUCAUAGAGGCCAGUACUGAUGUUGGUAGAGGGAGGUUGGUUACUGCCAUAAUACAGAGUGGCACACUGAGGAAAGGAGACCUGCUGAUAGCUGGGACAACCUGGGCCAAGGUUCGACAAAUGUUUGAUGAAAACAGAAAACCUUUAAAGGAAGCUCCGCCAGCAACACCUGUUGAGAUCACUGGCUGGAAGGAGUUACCAUCUGCAGGAUGUGAAAUACUUCAGGGUUCAUCAGAGUCACAGAUCAAAGAUGCAAUUUCUUGGAGGAAAGAUAACCAGUUUAAAGAAAAGGAAGACAAAAUAUUUGAAGAAAUUGAAGAAAAACAACAAAAGCUGAGAGAAAUUUAUCUUGAAAGGAGGAACUCAAUCCGUUUAAAAGGAUAUAGGAGACGAUCGAUGCAAAAAAAGAAAGAAUCUGAAGCAGCAGAUACUAGUCCACAAUUAGCUGUCGUUAUAAAAGGUGAUGUUGAUGGUUCUGUGGAAGCAAUUUUAAACUGUCUCAGCACAUACAACUCGUCACAGUGCCGACUGGAUAUUCUUCGCUAUGACGUUGGGGAGGUGAACAUGAAUGACAUAGAAACAGCUGAAGUAUUUGAUGGUGAAAUUUAUGCAUUUAAUGUGAAAGUUCCCAAUGAUAUCAGCAAAAUGGCAGAAAGAAAAGAAAUCUUAAUAAGAGAACACAACGUAAUAUACAAAAUGAUUGAUGACAUUAAAGAAACCAUGACUUCUAGGAUUCCAAAAGAGGAAGUGGAAGAUAUCAUAGGUGAAGCCCAAGUUCUACAAUCUUUCCCUUUCCAUGAUGGCAAGAAGCAGCUCUCAAUAGCCGGUUGUAAGUGUGUCAAGGGAAAUCUGCUGUUGUCCUCUCCAUUCAAGGUCAUACGGGAUGAUGAGACAAUUUACAGAGGGAGUGUAGUUUCUCUAAAACAUUUCAAAAAGGAUGUUAAUGAAAUAAAAAAAGACAUGGAAUGUGGACUUAGAGUAAGUGAUGAAGACUUUGUGUUUCAACCUGGAGAUUAUAUUGUGUGUUAUGAGUCAAAGAUGGUACACACAAAAUUAGACUGGAAUCCAGGAUUUUGAUGAUAAUAACUUUUAGUCAAAUUGUUCGAAAGUGUGAAUGAAAAUAAAAUGUU